AUGCUGUCUACUCUUCUCAUCUUUGCCUUUUUCCUGCCUUGCUGUUUGUUCUUUCCAGUUAUCCCCAGAACUAUCCUUGAUGAUUUGGACUACUUUAAGGAUUACUUCCAUCGAUUCUUCUUCACCAAAGAAGAAUCCCAGGAUUAUACUCUGGAGGAUCAAUUGCGCUUCUUGCAGCAUUUCUUCAGGCUGGAAGAAACUGGCUGGUUGGAUGAGCCCACAAAGGCCAUUAUAAAGAAACCUCGAUGUGGGGUCCGAGAUAUUGCUGACUAUUCAUUUUUUCCUGGGAAGCCUAAAAUUAAAAACAAUCUCAUAACCUACAGUAUCUUCAACUAUCCAAAGGACAUGAAGCAUAAGAUAGUUGAAAAGAUCUUGCAGAAGGCAUUAGAAGUCUGGAGCAGUGUGACACCCUUGAAAUUCCAAAGAGUGUAUAAACAAGAUUCUGACAUUGAGUUUGCUUUCCUGGCUGGAGAUCAUGGAGAUGCCUACCCCUUUGAUGGAAGAGGAAACAGAGAAGGAAACAUCCUAGCUCAUGCUUUUGCCCUAAAUCCUUACUACCAAGGAGCUGUCCACUUUGACAGUGAUGAAGAAUGGUCGUAUUCUGAGGAGGGAACCAACCUCUUCCUGGUGGCUGUUCAUGAGAUAGGCCAUGUCCUGGGUCUGAGGCACUCUCAGGAUUCAGACUCCAUCAUGUUCCCCAACUAUGAAUACCAGGACCCAAAAUUCUUCAGGCUCAGCUAUGAUGAUAUAAUAGGGAUCCAGAGCCUUUAUUAUCAAGGGAGGGAAAAUACAAUAUCCUGAAACUCCAGACUU